AUGGGACGCAAAGGCCCACCUCGACCCACCCGCAGGGACGAACGACAACAGCAGCGUCAAGACGAUGCCAAAGCGAGAAAGCGCGACGCUUCACUGGCCGAGCGUGCAGCGCUGGCACUAGGGCAGUUCCAGCGAGCAGCUACCAUGCCCGAGACGCGGGCUGGCCGACUAGACUUGCGACGUGCUCUCGCGGAAAAAGGCCUUGUGUUGCAGCGCUAUGGGGAGCCACAUGCAAAUGACAAGCUCGGACGAGGAGAUAUGUGUACACUGAUUAGCUCACAGCAUGACGAAAGUUUCGAUGGCUUGGACGAAGGAACUUCCGAAGAGGAUAUCGUAGCGGACGAAGCACCCGAUACUGCUGCAAGGCUUUAUGAGUGCGCGACAACCCUCGAAGGAAGUAGCGGUGAUGAUUGGAUUGACCUCGUCGAUCCUUUUGGCGACGACCUCGUAUUUCUAUAG